AUCGCUAUCUCCAAUUGCAUGUGAUUCAUUGAAUACUGACAUCACCCAUCUGGACAAGACCUUCAACUUAUCAACCUCGUUUUCUUUUUCUCUCAUUGAUCCUUGUCCCUACCACAACAAAAAGCUUAAACUGGGAUAAGCUUGUAUCGCGACAAUCAUCAGACAAAGAUUGUCGCGAUGGCAAUUCCCUUUAUCGGAAGGCUUCGCCCUCACGAGUAUCUAGCUCUCGUGGGAUCAUUUAUCCUCGUCGGUCUCGAGGCAAUCAUUCGAGUCUUGACGUUGGCUUUGCCCCCAUUUCUUGUUACGCUUUUCUAUAGAGCUUCAAGACGACUCUUCAAUAGAUUUUCUGCGCCUGCGAGGCGACGAGCAGAGAGUAAACGAAAAACGAUAUCCACCAAGGUACGAGACGCGCCUGACUUCGUUGAGCUGUGUCGCAUUUGGGGCUACGAAGCAGAAGAACAUAUCGCCCAGACCAAGGAUGGAUAUCUUUUAGGUCUUCAUCGUCUGCAGUGGAGGAAGGGUGAAGAAGGACAGAAAGUUAACUACGGCCCGACGAGUUUGAAAAAGAAGGUCAUAUACAUGCACCAUGGUCUUCUUAUGAAUUCAGAGGUCUGGGUUGCUCUCACAGAUGAGCAACGAUGUUUACCAUUCGAGCUGGUCGAGAGAGGUUACGACGUCUGGUUUGGAAAUAACCGGGGUAACAAGUACUCCAAAAAGUCAAUUAAUCAAUCGCCAACCUCCAACGCCUUCUGGGACUUUUCUAUCGACGAAUUCGCCUUUCAUGACAUUCCAGACAGCAUCAGCUAUAUCCUUGAUACGACCCAGCAGGAGAGUCUCUCGUACAUCGGCUUUUCGCAAGGUACAGCUCAGGCUUUUGCUAGCUUAGCCAUCCAUCCCAAGCUCAACAACCAGAUCAAUGUCUUCAUCGCUCUCGCGCCUGCUAUGGCGCCUGCCGGCUUAUCUAGUGGAAUUGUCGACGCGCUCGUGACGGCAUCGCCCUCUGUUUUGUUCCUUUUGUUUGGUCGACGUUCGAUUCUCAGUUCCGCCACUAUGUGGGAGACCAUCUUAUACCCGCCUAUCUUUAGCAAACUCAUUGAUGUGGGGCUUUCAUUCUUGUUCAACUGGCAAACACUCAAUAUCUCCGCAAGUCAGAAGUUGGCUGCUUACCCACAUCUGUACUCUUUUACGAGCACCAAGAGUGUGGUUCACUGGUUUCAGAUCAUUCGAAACAAAUGCUUCCAGAUGUAUGACGAUGACGUUCAUCAACCGAUCAGUGUCACUACAAACAGCAAAUACUCCAAGGUUGCCAAGUACCCGACUCGAAACAUCAAAACACCAAUCGUUCUGGUUUACGGCGGAAGCGAUUCCCUGGUGGACAUCAAGGUUAUGCUCAAGGAACUACCUCCUCAAACUGUGGCAACUGAGAUUCCUCACUAUGAACAUCUUGACUUUCUCUGGGCUCGAGAUGUCGAUACGCAGGUUUUCCAGCACGUGUUUGAUGCGCUCGAUAGUUUCACUGAUGCCGAGCAUACAAAGGAGGAAUAUGAUCGUUACUAUGUCAGCCGGCAGGAGAGUCUUUUGGGUUCAGGUUAUGCAUUUGGGCAUGCUCACCACGGUAGCGAGAGCGAAUCUUCGACACUUACGCCAAGUCUUGAGGGAGCCAAUGGUGUCCAACUUGCACCGCAACCCCAGCCACACAGAGCACGAGAGCAGGCCUCUGGAAUUCCUUCUCCCAAGAACACGACACGACACAAAGUGAAAUACUCUGGUGAAAUACCUGCAGGCGACCGACCAGCCACCCCUGAGCUGUUUAAGGGUGCUGCGGGAAGAGAUUCGCCUGAAAGUGGACUGGAUUCCCCAGUAGCGGCUAGAGUAAAGGCUGGUGUUAAGCGCAGCGGAAGUGUCGGAAGCAAUAUCAGCCUGGAUAUGCGAGAAGGUCGUGGUAUCAGUGUCGGUGCGAGUAAGGCUGCUGGCGGCAUCGUGACCAAGAGCGGCGCCAGUGGAACCAACGUGGAGGAGAGUCCUAGAAGAGACAGUUCUGCAGAAAAGAAAAAGAAGAAGUAGGUGGUUAAGUGGAAGCGCAAUAGGGGAAGAGUUGGACUCAGUCAUGUCUUUGAUCGACGAUUCAGAAAUAAUGCUUAUUCUUUUUAUUUGUUACAGAAGGGACAGCAAUACAUCUCGAGCAGUACACGCACGUUACAAUCUCUUGGGUUUGAGAGAGCCCAGCUUUUCGCAAUAUACAUAGUCCAAACUUGCGCAUAUCAAGCUACCGGGGGACCACAGUAGUAUGGAAUAUAUGUCAAGUGGAGAAUAUUUCUUGUGCCAUAUUGAUCACUUUCGGUUUUAAAGAGGCACAGCAGCAAGAGUUCUAAUCUGAUAGGCAGCCAGAAUAGGAUGAUGGUGCGAGGAAGUGUGAGUGGGCCAUAUGCAAGGCUCCUUUGAUCCUUCAACUAUAUCAUUGAGGCUGAACUGGAGUC